GGGAAAAUCGCAAAAAAAGCCUCAGAUGUGUGGACCGUCAUGAGCAGCAGCAUCCGCAUGACAAGAUCACCAAAGAUCUGUGCUGAUACCGUGAUGCAUCUGACGAAAAUGGAUCCUGCAGCAGCGUCCGCCUCGCCGCAGCCAACCAGGAGGAGGCGGCCCGCUCUGCGCAUCUCACCCGCCCUUAUUUUCAUCGCGGCGUCGUCUCUUUUUCAGCGCGCCAUCUCAUCUUCCUCUUUCGCGCCCUCAUCUGCCUCGUCUGCUUUUGUCAGGUCCUCCUCACUGCUGAGGCCCUCAAGGCAGCCUGCAUUGCGGUGUACAUCGUCCCUCGACACACACGUCGAUAUGCACCAACAGCCACAACAGCACCAACAGCAGCAGCAGCAGGAGGAGGCCAACCGACAUUUGGUGGCCCCUCCACGAACAGACACAGCAGCCGACGUCGAGCAGCAGAGGGUCCAGCCCGAGGGCAAGACCUACACCUACCAGGGCCACGAGUGCUACUACCAAGAGCUGCCGCCACAGCCACAAGGGCGGCCCGAGACGACUGCAAUGGUGAUGGUCCACGGUUUCGGAAUCAACUCGUGCCAUUUUGAGAAGAACGUCGAGGCAUUGGCGAAGGCAGGGGUGCACGUGUACUGCCCGGAUCUGCUGGGGUUUGGUCAGAGCGAGAAGCCUGUGAAUGUGACGUAUUGCAGCGAGCUGUGGGCUGGGCAGGUGGAGCAUUUUAUCGACACGGUGGUGAGGCGGCCGUGUGUGGUGGUCGGCAACUCCAUCGGCGGGUGAGUGUUUCGCGGACGGUGUGUCUUCCUUCCUUGUUCCAUUCGCACCUCUCUUCUGUCGUGUGCGGCGUGUGUGUUUACUCCUCAGGUACGUCGGUAUGCAAGUUGCGGCAGACAGACCUGACGUCGUUUCAGGUGAGCACACAAGCGUCCGCACCACAGCUGCAUAUCCAUCCAUCCAUCCAUCCAUCCGUCCAUGUGCAUGAACAGGCCUUGCCCUGCUCAAUUCUGCCGGUCGGUGGGGCGUGCUGAAUCCGCUGGGUGUGGAGGUGCCAUUGCUGAGGUGGCGGCCGCUCGCCAACUGGCUGGGAAGGCUGCUCUUCAACAAUGCGCGACAGCCGGAGCAAAUCAGACAGACACUGGUGGGUCGCAAGACAAGACACGCCGACAUGAAGGGGGCGGGGCAUUCAUUUUGUUGUGUGUGCGUGCAGGAGCAGGUGUAUGUCGACAAGAGUGCAGUGACCGACACACUCGUGCAGUCCAUUCUGGAACCUGCACAAGGCGACGCAGCCGACGAAGCUGGUAACCAUCCCCCCACCGCAACAUACACACAGCACAUGUGUCCCCAUGAAGCUUCUGAUUGUUCCUUUCUCUCGUGUGUCCAGGACCCGUGCUGUUUGGAUCGCUCUUCGUCGCGCCCAAGGGCCGCUCGUGGCCCCAGCUGCUGGGCGGGCCUGACAACUAUAAGGGGCCAUUGCUGCUGCUGUGGGGGCAGCGGGACCCUUGGAUCGUCCCUUUCUACGUGAGGACACCACACACACACAUAGAGGGAGCGCUACACGGGUCCUUCCCAUCUCCUCUGUGUGUGUCAUUGCAUUCAGGCUGACAUGCUGCUCCAGAUGCGUCCCGACUCGACCCUCCACUGGAUCAACGCCGGCCACUGCCCCCACCACGAGCGGCCUGACAAGGUCAACAACCUCCUCAUCGAGUGGAUACAAAAUGAGGUCACGCACGAGAGGGACGACCGCCACCAGCAACACACAUGGGGCGAAGCCGUGCUGGCAGCCAAGGACACAGACAGCCACAGUGGGCAGACGAGGAUUGCGUUUGUGAAGCCCAUCGAUGGGGAGGGAGAGGAGAAAGAGGUGGAGGGAGAGGGGGAGAUGGGCAGGAGGGAGGUUGCGAGCAAAAUCAAGAGCAACAGGCGGCCGGUUGUGCGACGGACCGAAUGGGAGUGGGAAAUGUGAUACUGUCAGACAGGCAGACACGCAGGCAGACAGUCAGUCCAGGGCCUGUGGAGAGAUGUGACAAAGCAAAGGAAGUGUGUGUCGUCUGCACGUGUUUAUCGUGUACUCGCAUUGCUGCCAUUUAUUGAG